AAAAAAAAAUUAAGAAAAAAAAGGUUCGGAAUUUGCUGGUUUUGUUCUGUGUCGCUGGGUCGCUCAACCUCAAAAUCUAUCUCGUCCUUAAUUGUGCAUGUCUUUGUAUUUCUCAGAACUCCCAUGGCCAAACCAAAGGCACCCAGACGAACCCUCGACUCCUACACCGUCAAACACAUCAACAAAACCAUCCGAGCCGGGGACUGCGUGCUCAUGCGGCCGUCGGAUCCGGCGAAGCCGUCCUACGUGGCGAAGAUCGAGCGGAUCGAGGCGGACGGGCGCGGGGCCAACGUGAAGGUCUACGUGCGAUGGUACUACCGGCCGGAGGAAUCGAUCGGCGGCCGGCGGCAGUUCCACGGCUCCAAGGAGGUCUUCCUCUCCGACCACUUCGACCUGCAGAGCGCCGACACCAUCGAGGGCAAGUGUACGGUCCACAGCUUCAAGAGCUACACCAAGCUCGACGCCGUCGGCAACGACGACUUCUUCUGCCGUUUCGAGUACAACUCCUCCACCGGCUCUUUCAAUCCCGAUCGUGUCGCCGUUUAUUGCAAGUGUGAGAUGCCUUACAACCCUGAUGACCUAAUGGUUCAGUGUGAAGGCUGCAGUGAUUGGUUUCAUCCUGCUUGUAUAAACAUGAAUGCAGAGGAAGCUAAAAGACUUGAUCAUUUCUUCUGCGAAAAUUGUUCCUCUGAAAGUCAGAAGAAAUUGCAGAAUUCUCAUAAUGCUUCCAGACACGCAGAUACAAAGGUGGAUACAAAACGACGUCGGAGGUGACAUAUAUAAACAUAUUGUAGAUGUAUAAUGGAGGAACUGGAGGUUCUGUCUCUUCUAAUUUUGGGCAGGCUUCAAGCAAACACAGAGGCCCUAUCCAAAGCUCUGUAGUAUUUGUGAGUUGAUGGGGGGAGAAUGUUUUGAAAACCUUUGUCACGUUUUCUUAGAAGGUUGAGGAUGUGUUUGGUUGUCUGCAUUCAUGUAACAUAAUCUAUCUCUCUGCUCCAGUUUCUUGUUCUUGAAUUAGGAACGGGUAUACUUGCCCUCGAAAAAAGAAGAAAAAGAAAAAAGAAAAAAGAAUGUGUAUAGUACUCGAGCAAUAGAUACAGGCUUUUUCAUGUAUCUACUGUGGUGUAUAUUUUCAGGAAAUUGCUUGAUAAAUCAUAGGUUUUGUUGCUCUCAGAAUGAUUAAACCAAAUCACGAUUAUGCUGCUUAGGCUCCAAGACUUGAAUGCUUUCCUUCACAUUGUUUGUUGGAAUAAAUUUCCCCCCCAUCUCAGACUAAUAAUAGCUGCCUUUACCGUUCCUGUU